AUGAUUCUCAUCAGGACUCGAGCUGCUAUAUCUGAAAAACUUUAUCAGCAUGCCAUUUUGACUAGGAAAAUAAAUUCUCUGAAGGAUAGCAGUGACGAGGACGAGUCUGAUAUUGAUUUGGGCCCAGAUGAUCCAUCCGCAUUGUUAAAAACAGCCAAGGAGAAAACUCUUGAAGCAAUGGAAGAGGAUGAAGAGUUGCCGAAUUCAAGAGUUGCAUCUUUGCCUUUCAUGGUUCGUAGUUUGAAAAAGAGAAAAGAAGAAGCUGACAGGGAAGCAAGGGCUGCUCUGGAUGAUUACAAUCAUUCGUUGAAGCAACUGGAAGAUAAGAAUGAGAAACAAAAUACAAAUUCUGAUGUUGUCAGUGGGAAAAGAGCUUUUGGUCCUACUAAAAAGCAAAUUAAAAAGGUUCAAGAUUCUAGUGACAAAAUGAGGUCUGAUAAUUUUUAUGGUCACAGUGAUAGUGAAGAUAGCCUAGAAGGUGUGAAAGAUGAGCAGAAUCAAAGUUAUAAUGAGUCUCUUGAUAUCAAUAUUGAUCAAAAUACGCUACUCAAUGAGUAUGAGAUUGGUCAUGAUGCACUCGGUAAGGGAGACGACGGGGAUAGUGACUCGGGCGGUGAAGGACAGAUAGUAGAUGGGAUUUUGUCUUCUAGUCCCCGUUCCACGUAUGAACUUCCAUCCCAAGAAGAACUUAUUUGGCGGGCGUUUGCCAGUGAUGUUGCGGAGGAAUUUGAAAAAGAUAACGAAGAGGUUCUGAAUGAGGAAAAUCCUGAACUAGAGAAACCAUCUCUACUUCCAAGGUGGGGUCAGUGGACUCACAUUCAGGAAAAGAAAGGAAUUCCUUCCUGGAUGCUGAAUGAACACGAAAUUGAAAAAAAGAAGAGAGAAGAAGAAGUUAAAAAGAGGAAGGAUACAUAUCUAAAGCAUGUUAUUAUAUCUGAAACAUUGGAUAAGAAGGCAGAAAAACUUUUGCAAGGACAUUACCAUUCCCAUUCACAUCCAAAGAAGUUUUUGAAUAGAGCAUCUGGAUGCCCAAUGGCCUAG